CACGGCGGAGCCGUGGGGACCCAGAUUGAGAGGCAAAAUGGUCCACGCCGAAGCAUUUUCACGUCCCUUGAGCCGGAAUGAAGUGGUCGGACUAAUUUUUCGUUUAACCAUCUUUGGUGCCGUAACAUACUUUACCAUUAAAUGGAUGGUUGAUGCCAUUGAUCCGACCAGAAAGCAAAAAGUAGAAGCUCAGAAACAGGCUGAAAAACUAAUGAAGCAAAUUGGAGUGAAAAACGUCAAGCUUACCGAAUACGAAAUGAGCAUUGCUGCACAUCUUGUAGACCCACUUAGCAUGCAUGUAACCUGGAGUGAUAUUGCAGGCCUAGAUGAUGUCAUUACAGAUUUGAAAGACACUGUCAUUUUGCCCAUCAAGAAGAAAUACUUGUUUGAGAAUUCCAGGCUCUUACAGCCACCAAAAGGAGUGCUUCUCUAUGGCCCUCCUGGCUGUGGCAAGACGCUGAUCGCCAAAGCUACAGCCAAGGAAGCUGGUUGUCGAUUUAUUAAUCUCCAGCCUUCAACACUGACGGACAAGUGGUAUGGGGAGUCUCAGAAGCUGGCUGCUGCUGUCUUCUCCCUGGCGAUAAAGCUCCAACCAUCCAUCAUCUUUAUUGACGAAAUAGAUUCCUUCUUACGCAGUCGGUCGAGUUCUGACCACGAAGCUACGGCUAUGAUGAAAGCGCAGUUCAUGAGUCUGUGGGACGGACUGGACACCGAUUACAACUGCCAAGUCAUAGUGAUGGGAGCCACCAACCGUCCUCAGGAUCUUGACUCUGCAAUCAUGAGAAGAAUGCCGACCCGGUUUCACAUCAACCAACCUGCUCUGAAACAAAGAGAAGCAAUCCUGAAGCUAAUUUUGAAAAAUGAAAACGUGGACAGGCACGUAGAUCUCCUCGAGGUUGCCAAAGAGACCGACGGCUUCUCAGGCAGCGACCUGAAAGAAAUGUGCCGGGAUGCAGCUCUCCUCUGUGUCAGGGAAUAUGUUAAUUCUGCCUGCGAGGAAGAGACCCACGACGAAGAUGAAAUUCGGCCCGUGCAGCAGCAGGAUCUCCACAGGGCCAUUGAGAAGAUGAGGAAAUCGAAGGAUGCCACGCUGCACAACGUUCUGAUGCACGUUAGCCUGGAUUAA